UACAGUUAGUCCAAAGAUCUGGGUCCUCAAAGCUGAGCUUUCAAGACAUUGCUCGAAUAUACGUCAGGCAAGUUAGACAAUAUGCGAAUCCAUCUCUCUGUCAAUUCUCACCAGCUUGAUCCUUCUUCCGGAGCUGGCCCAUCUUCUGGACCGCUAGCCAAGAUAGGUGGUGAAUUGGUCUUGAUCGAACUGCAAGGUGAACUAUCGUGGGAGGGUGAGCAAUCUGGAAAAGUUGUCGGGGUCCUUGGUCUUGACCGACCGGACAAGCCCACUCUGCACCUUGGAGAACACCACUUGCUACAUGGCAAAAUCACAACUCUGCAAAAGCCAUACGCUGUCAUUAGGAGACAGCUCGAGACCGUUCCCAUGGACGAUGAAGAAGGAGACAGAGCUAAUCAGAGCGAUGAUGGCGAGGCGGCGGAUGAUGACCACGACGAUGAAGAUGAUACGACACCUGAUAAGAAAUUGCGAUCGAAACAUGGACAAGGGAACGAUGAUGAGGAAGAUGAAGAAGACGAAGAACCUCUGUUCCCCCUUUCUGAUCCAAUUCGUACACCCCAUCAUACCGGCGCACCUCCAUCCAGUAGUCCGAUCUACCCUCCAAGCGUGGCUCGCGAUUAUUCGUCCGAGUUGGGCUUUUCAAGUCCAGCUCGAUGGGAUGCAGAGGAUGAGCAGGAGGACGAGGAUGAAGAAGCACAGACGACAAGAGCUGCGCUAGAAAUCCAACGUUUAACUGCCCAGAAGCGGAGGGGUAAGCGGAAGAGGGGAGAAAAGCAAGUCCGGACGAAACAUUACGAAGUCGUCGGGGUAGUCUGGAAAAAGGUUGUCUUUGCGUUGAGGCCUGAGCCGAUAGUGACUGCAACUGUCUUGCCCGAGUGACGACGCUCUUUUGCAUUUGUAUUAUGUUUCUGUAUCCGAGAGCAACUCUGUAUGUGCGGGAUAACCCUUCGCCCUACACAUGAUUGUUCAUGGCUUGACCUUGAGAUGCUCAAACACAAUUGGGAGGGUGCUUCCAUGCCACUGUCCUUUCAUUCUGAACGCUGCGUAUAAUAGACAGUACUGACUACGAACAAAUCG